UGCUGGGCGCCCCGCGGCGGAGAGCAGGAACUGGCUCCGGGUUCUGGGUUACGAGGGGAGCUGUCCAGCCCCGCGGGGUGCGCUGGAAGAAAGGGUGGGCCAUCGCCGGCGAGGCGGGGGAGCGGCAGGCGCCAGGGCCGGGUGAGGCUGCGACUCCCCCUCCAGCCCGCCGGCCCUGGCGUCGCCCCCGCCCCCCACGUGGCCGCGGCUGUCCCUGCCCCUGCGAGGAAGCGGCGCGGCUUCCUGCGACGGGGGCCGGGGAUAUAGGCGCCCCCGCCCGGGCCCGGCGCAGCGCCGCCGCCCCUCCUCGCCCGCUCGCCGCGCGAUGGCCUCGCUCCGGGCAGAGCGUCCCGCCGGCGGCCCGCGGACCCCGGCGACCCGCGCGGGGCGACCCGCCGCCUUCAGCCUCCUCCUCCUGCUGGGCGCCACCCUGAAGCCCCAGGGGUCCGUGGCUCAGCUUCUGACCACCGCAGGCAGCCUGGAGUCCGGAGGUGAGUGGUCAGCAGCUGUGGAAGCGCCCACAGGGAAAAUGGAGACGUAUGAUGAGAGCAUUUCACGUUGCUGGAGAGACUACCAGGUUGAUAUGGACAAUAUCAAAGAAGACUGGUGCGACUGGGCCAUGAUUAGCAGGCCUUACAGCGACCUGCAGGAAUGCUUGGAAAGAGAAGCGGAACACUUUGACCUGGGCUUCCCCAAUCCCUUGGCGGAACAGAUCAUCUUGAAGACUCACCAGACCCACUUUGCCAACUGCACCCUGGCGGAGACAACCUUCUCAGACCCCCCAGAGGAUGUGCUCCUGGCCAUGAUCAUAGCCCCCAUCUGCCUCAUCCCGUUCCUGGUCACCCUGGUGGUGUGGAAGAGUAAAGACAGCGAAGCCCGGGCCUAGGGUGGCAUACGUUUCCCAGCAGCCAGCCCUCCCUUCCCUGCCACCCCCAGGUCUCCCUCCCCGUCUCCCUGCCCCCUUCUCUCGCCUCACUGCACACAGAGCCUGAGAUUGGGGGAAUGGAGCUGGGGAGGGUCAUGGCACCAGUUCUGCAAUUUUCAAAAUAAAAGGUUUCUUUUGUA